AUGGCUGAAGCGUGCAGGGCAGCUCGGGGCGAGGUCGGCUCUUUGCAACCGUGCACCGCCCCAUCCUCGCCUAGUACGGGUACUCCAGCGCAAAGUUCGGCAACUUGUUCGGUCAGUCGCGUCGAAGAAACCCCGGCCUUACACCCGAAACACUCCCUCGAUGGCGGUGGAAACCAAAAGUUCGACACUGCUCACGGUUCUACUCAUGAAGCGCUUUGUUCUGAAAUUGUAUCGAUGGAUACUGCUCCCAAACAUGCGCUAAACCCUCAGCUAAUGAGCGUCUGCAAAACAAACGAGGAAGCAGCACGCGAAAUGAUAUCAUGUUUGACGCCCGCGCGAGCUGCGAUCGUCGUGACCUGCAGUGGAUUAUCAGCAGAGCAGCGAUCGCGCAUAGAACGCCUUUGUAGUCUUGUUGGUUUCGAGUUCUCUGGCGAUUUGCGGCGAAAUGUGACCCACAUUCUCGCCACACGGGCUGACACGAAAAAAGUACUCGUAGGUCGUCGCCAUGGCAUCUGGAUCCUUCGCCCAGCUUGGCUCGAGGAAUGCUGGGCGCAACGGCGACGUUGCCCUGAGAUGAAGCACGAGCUGGAACCUCUCGCUGGCCUGAAAUUUAGCUCUGCCCAGUUGCUGGACGCAGAGAUCAAUCGGUUGAACGCUCUGGUGACAAAGUAUGGUGGUCAGUAUGUCCGGAAUAUUAGCACUUGCUCUACUCAUUUGGUCGUGCAUCGAGCAAGUGGUCGCAAAGUACGCUAUGCGCUGCGGCAUGGACUCAUCAUCCUAUCUUUCUGUUGGGUAGAGAGAUGCGAGAGCGAGCAGAGGCUCGUAGAGUGCGAACCCUACUUCAUUACUGCAGCGGAUCUCGCGGAUGCGGACUUUACCCAAGGCUCCCAGGGUGGACCCCAACCAUGUGCAGCAGAGGGGUUUCAAGGGUCCUCCGAAUUCCAGCUGCAAACUACGAACGAACGGAUCGCUUCUUUGAUGGGAAAUGCUGUGCUGGGGCCCCAGCCCGAAAGUGAUCAGCUCCAGGGUUUAGGCACCUAUCAGGUGAGCACGUUGCUCGCAGAAGCAGACAUACCGCCUCCAUUAGCGUGCGCAGCUGUUGCAGCCAUUGGCGCAACAAGUUCCCAGGAUCAUGUUCCCGCUGGUCAUCAGAAAAACACCGAACACUGGGGUACUUCCAUGUGCAGCACCUUGAACAAUGCCACGGUGGCCGUUGUCGAUGAACCGUCUUCGGUGAAUUCGAGCGCAGCGAAUCCAGUUUCUGCUGAAUGCUCCCCUCCACAAGACGACGAUGACGCGGAAACGUUUACCAGUCCAUUGGAGGAUUUUCAUUUUUUCCUGUUUGGACUCUCCGAGGACCAGAGAUACCGUGCUAGAGCUUGGAUUCGUCGUUCCGGUGGAUUUUUGCACAUAUUCUGGAGUCCCUUGAUCACACAUGUGAUUGCACCAUCCGAAUUGGCAGCGGAGCUGAACCCCCAGGUCUUCGAUUUCUUUCAGUGGAGCUGGCGCUCUGGCGUGAUGUGGUGCUCACUCCAGUGGCUUGAAGUUUGCGUUGCACGGCAAGAGUGCAUUCCUCCGGACUUCUUGAGCAUUGCAAGCGCCCGCGUUCGGGACCAUGCUCAAGCGUGGAGCGAAAAUGCUGCUGAUUCUCGUGCAAGCAAGAGUCCUCGGUCGCUCCUACCCCAGACUUGUAGCUGCUUUCGCGGUACCUGCGUGAGCCUCAUUCCUCUUAUACGUGUACAGCCAGCUCUGGCUGCUUCUGUCGCAAAGCAGUUGCGAGCUGCUGGAGCCCAGGUGAUUGAUUCGGUGAACAAUGAGCGACGCAUUUCGGUAGCGACGACUAUAGAUUUUGCUGUUUCGGUACAUGGUGAUCAGUUUGCAUCCAAAGAAACGCGAAAUGCGCCACUUGUAACGCUCGAAUGGGUGCAGGACUGUCUCCGGGAUAACACGCUUCACGAUUAUCUCACCGACCCGCGGUACCAACCGCUGCCCACUCGUGUUCCUCUUGAAGGGCUCUGCGGGAAAACGAUCUGCGUUUCUGGAUUUUUCCAGUCACGUCGCACCUCUUACGGCCCAGGAGCAACGUUCCAGAUGGUGCUGUGUCGUAGAACCCUCGAACACUUGGUCCGGUUGCUCGGUGCUACUUACUCGGAACGACUCCGCCACCAUCAUACCGAUAUGCUCAUUUCGGAGUCGCCGCAAGGGAAGAAAUAUGAGAGAGCAGUGCUCUGGAAUAUUCCAGCCUUGCGGGUACAGUGGUUAUUGGACUGCGUUGCCGCGGGCCGCAUUCUCCCUAACGACAAGUAUCGCUGGGCAGCGGAAGCUACUGAGCGUGUCACCGGUUCUGAAUGCCGGCGACUCUCAUUCUCCGACACCAUAUUGGGGCUGAAACGGAUGUUAGACGCCGAACACGACGGCAGAUUUGCAAUGCAGCCGAAUCAGGGGUCUGUGCCUAUAUCCAGCGCAAUAUCAGCGAGGUAUGAACAGACGCCGCAACCAGGUGCUCAACAGGAAACCGGGGCUCAGAUAACUCAGGUUUUACAUACAAGUUCCCAUGAGCUUCGGAGAAGCACUUGUGCGGUGGAAACUUGCAGAGAUGAGGUCUGUGAUGGCAUUCGUACCUCAGUGGAGCAUGUUCCCGAGCUUUCUGACGCUGUCCAUAAUGAUUCGGCAGGUCAGAGCCUGGACCCGCAUAGCACGAUGCCCAGCGCCCAACUGCGAAUAGAAAAGGAGUCAGCAUCGCAAGCUGAAAGUACCGUUAAGCCCAGAGACAGAGAGGCUUCCUCUGCAGCCCUAGCGAACUUCUUUCGGAAUCAUCUUCAAAAGAGCAUGCGCCGUUCCUGUGAUACUGACUCCAGUGACGAUGACGAUUAUCAAGCGCUUCCUGGCGUUUCUCAGGUCGUUGUUUAUCACAGUGGCCCUGAUAUGACUGCGUAG